ACAUAAAGGCAUAGAGCUGCAGCUGCUGGAUUUUAAUUCUAAGUCUAGGUAAUAGUUUCAAGAGAAGAAAGAAUGACAGCAGAAACAGAAAACUCAGAUUCCGGAAAAGAUGCAAAUAAAAAUUCAACUGAGAAAACAAACAUGGAUUCAUCAGUCAAGGAGAAAACCAAAUGCUUCAGUAGCUUUAAGAUGUUCAUGGUUGCCAUUAUCUGUAGCUUUAUGUGCAAAGCACUACUAGCAAUUUUAAUGAAAAGUUCCAUCACUCAUAUAGAAAGAAGAUUUGACAUAAAAACAUCUGAAGCUGGUUUAAUUGAUGGAAGCUUUGAAAUAGGCAAUUUGCUGGUAAUUACCCUGGUAAGUCAUUAUGGACCCAAAUUUCACAUACCAAGAUUAAUUGGAAUUGGGUGUUUCGUUAUGGGAAUUGGAAGUAUUUUAACUGCAUUGCCUCAUUUCUUCAUGGGAUACUACACGUAUGAUACAUCAUUAGAUGGUAAAGCACUUGAUAACUCAACGGUUACCUACUUUCCUUGCACAACUGAUCAACAUUCAGCUGGAAAUACGACAUCGCCAAUACUACUAGAAUCAAGUUGCAAAAAUGAAUCUACUUCACCCAUGUGGAUAUAUGUAAUGUUGGGAAACAUGCUACGUGGGAUUGGAGAAAGUCCACUUGGACCUUUGGGAAUCGCAUAUAUUGAUAACUUUGCUAAAGAAGGCCAUUCUCCUUUUUACAUAGGUCUUUUGCAAUCGUUGUCAUUGGUUGGCUCAAUACUAGGCUUUCUGCUAGCAGCAUUAUGUGCAAGAAUAUAUGUGGACGUUGGAUAUGUAGACCUAAGCCUUAUAACAAUAAAUCCGAGUGAUUCCCGUUGGGUUGGUGCUUGGUGGCUUGGCUUUAUCAUAGCAGGGAUCAUUAGCAUUCUUUCUGGAGUACCAUUCUUUUUCAUGCCUAAGAGCCUGAAGAAAUCAAAAAUGGAAAGUAAAGUUCCAGCGUCUUUGGAUAACUCUAAUAUCAACGACAGAAACACCCAAAAGCUGAAUUUUAAAAAUCCUGACCAAAAGAAGGAUCCUCAAGAAUCAUCAGGUUAUUUCCGCUCCUUGAAAUGUCUUCUUAGUAACUGCAUGUACCUCAUCUACUUGGUUUUAUCUUUGUUGACAUUUAAUGCCUUAGUUGGGAAUCUGACGUAUCUACCAAAAUAUUUAGAACAGGGAUACGGCGAGUCAAUUUCUAAAUCCACCUUAAUAUUUGGAAUAAUCAUGUUUCCUGUUACUUGUAUUUCAUUUUUCCUGGGAGGAUUUAUUGCUAGAAAAUUCAAAUUGGACAUAUUUGGAGUUACUAAAUUAACCUUCAUUUCUCAGCUUUGUGGCUAUUGUAUACAACUGCUGAUUUUGACAUUAGACUGUGGGAACAGACCAGUAGCUGGGUUAACAGUAGCCUACAAUGGAAAUGGCCCAGGGACAGACCUCCAAAAUAUGCCAUUUUCUUUCUGCAACUCAGACUGUAAUUGUGAUGCCAAUGUAUGGGAUCCUGUCUGUGGAGAUGAUGGACUCUCUUACAUUUCACCCUGUUUAGCUGGAUGUGAAUAUUCAGUAGGCCAUGGAAAGGAUGUGGUGUUUCAUAACUGUAGCUGUAUUGAAGUUAACAGUUUCCAAUCCAGAAAUACCUCAGCUCAUUUGGGUGAAUGUUCAAGGAUCGAUGAUUGUUCAAGAAAGUAUAUCUAUUAUGUGGUAAUACAAUCUUUGGCUUACUUUUUUUAUGGACUAGGAUUUACCCCUGGAACAAUGCUGGUUUUUAAGAAUGUUGCUCCUCACCUGAAAUAACUUGCAAUUGGUUUUUUUCACUGUGUUUGAGAUUAUUAGGAGGAAUGUUGGCCCCUAUUUAUUUUGGAGCAGUGAUAGAUUCAACAUGUCUAAAAUGGGCCACUAAUAUUUGUGGAGAACAAGGAGC